CUUUUCUUUCUCUAUUAAACACCUUAACUUUCUUCCUUUUAUCACACCUUCAUUCUUUACAAUUUUCAACAUAUGAUAAAUUCCUAAUAUCAAUUUCACUCUUUUCUGUUUUCCUGCUUUCAGUUUCAGGGGUCGCCAUUAAAGGACUGAAAUCAUGCUUUCUUAAGCUUUACAAGCAAACAAACUGGUCUUUCUUCUCUACAAACAAAGAUGGAUUCAGUUAAUCGAUCAGCUGUGACCCCAAGAAAGAGUAGAUUGGCUCGUACCUUUGCCAAGGUGUUGCAUAUUCGACCUCAACCUGUAACGACGAUUGAUCAAGUUCAGAAAGUAAAGUCGGAUGAGAAACCCAUUGGUAAGUUCUUCAACGAGGAAGAUGAGAAAUUUCAGGAAAAAGCAGCCAUGGAUGCCUUCAUCGCCAAAGUUUUUGCAACCCUAUCGUCCGUGAAAGCGGCAUACGCUCAGUUGCAGGAUGCUCAAUCUCCAUACGACGCUGACGGAAUUCAAUCGGCUGAUCAGAUCGUGGUCACGGAGUUGAAGAGGUUAUCGGAAUUUAAACAAUCGUAUUUGAAAAACCAUAUCGACGACGCCUCUCCGGAAACCACAAUCCUGUUGGCUGAGAUCCAAGAGCAGAAGAAUCUAUCAAAAACAUACGAGAUAACACGAAAGAAGCUAGCGAACCAGAGUCGGCUCAAGGAUUCAGAGAUUGUGUUUUUGAAGGAGAAAUUGGAGGAAGCUGAAAGGGAGAACAAAUUGAUCGAGAGGAGGUUGAAUUCGAGUGGUCCUUUAUCACGUCACGAAAACCUUCAUUUCUCAAAAUUGACCCCAACCGAUUUCGUAUUAGCUCUCAAGCACACCAUGAAAGCGAUUCGAAGUCUGGUGAAGUUCAUGAUUACUGAAAUGGAGUAUGCGAAUUGGGAUCUGGAUGCAGCGGCUGAAUCAAUCCAACCGGAGGUUGUUUAUUGGAACACAACGGAUAGAUGUUAUGCAUUUGAAUCGUUUGUUUGCAGAGAAAUAUUUGAUGGAUUUAGUUACCCGGAUUUUUCCAUUUCCGGCGAUCGUCGGGACCUAUCCAACAAGGCAAAACGCCAGAAAUUGUUCUUCGACAGAUUUAUGGAGUUGAAAUACUUGAAAGCAAGGGAAUACGUAACAUGGAAACCAAAAUCGACAUUCGCUAAAUUUUGUUGGUUUAAAUACCUGAGACUUGUUCAUCCCAAAAUGGAAUCUUCCCUUUUUGGAAACUUGAAUCAGAGAAGUUUGGUGACUGCCGGAAAAUUCCCGGAGACGACAUUCUUCGAGUCGUUUGCAGAGGCGGCAAAACGGGUUUGGCUUUUACAUUGUCUGGCGUUCUCAUUCGAUCCAGAGGGAGCAUCGAUCUUUCAGGUGAGAAACGGCAACCGUUUCUCGGAGGUGUUUAUGGAGUCCGUGAACGAUGAAGCAUUCUUGUCACCGGAAAGCUCCCGGGAAGUGGCGUUCACGGUGGUUCCGGGGUUCAAGGUGGGUAAAACUGUUGUACAAUGUCAAGUUUACCUGACUUGAUUAACGGCGAUGAAACCACCACCGGCGGUGGAGGGUGUGGGGGUGUGCUGCUUGCUUUUGAAAGUGAAACCGCGUUAAACAACUGGAUAUUUUCAAUUUUAGUCCCUACUGAUGAAGCCUUCCCCAAUUUUGUUAAUAUUAGGGGUGGGAAAGGGGUUUGGUAUUUAGGGAAAAUACUAGAUAAGUAACUGUCAUAUACUAUUUGUAACAUGCAUUUGAAAAGCAUGUGUUAAAAUGUUAUGUGGCAAACACUUGAUGGUUUUAUGGUCUCAUGUUUGUAUUUAGGAAAAAAAAAUAUCACAUAAAUAGCUACCCUUGACGUUUUUCUUUGAUUCCGGUCCCGUUUGAAUGUCCGGUGUGUCGUACUGAUUUUCAAACUACGGGGUGUUUGUGUAUUAUGAUUAUAUUGUAUGUUUAUCUUGCCCUUUGUAUUUAUCUUGGC